AUGGAAGUCUAGAGAGAGAGAGAGAGAGAGAGAGACAGAGACAGAGACAGAGAGAUCAAAGAGAGAGAUGAUGGAGAGAUGGGGAUGGGUAAGGACCUUGUGGGAGAUGGUGAAGGAGAUAUUUUGCCAAAAGCUCCUAACUUAUCAUCUCCCUCCUUCUUCUCAUCUUCUACCCAACAACUUGUCUGGUCUCUCUGUUAUUGUCACCGGUGCAACAAGUGGUAUUGGACUUCAGACAGCAUGGGAACUUGCCAAGGCAGGGGCUCAUGUCAUCAUGGCUUGCAGAAACACCAAAGCUGCAAACAAUAUUGUAUGUCAGUGGAAAAAAGAUGCACAUAAUAGCAGAAUUCUUGAUGUGGAGGUGAUGGAGUUGGAUCUUCUUUCCCUCUCUUCAGUCCAGCAAUUUGCGACGGAUUGGGAGAAACGUGCAGAACCCUUACAUAUCUUAAUCAACAACGCCGGCAUCUACCUCAUGGGAGAACCACAAAGAGUUUCUGAUGAAGGGCUUGAGCAACACAUUCAAGUGAACCACAUCGCGCCGGCUCUACUGACUCUCCUCCUCUUACCGUCCCUACUCAGAGCGCCGACUUCUCGAAUUAUCAAUGUUAAUUCUGUGGUUCAUCAUUGUGCAGUAGUGGAGCCCAAAUAUUGGAAUAGCAGGAUUGAAGAACAUAAAUUCAGCAGCUUCAAAGCCUAUGGGGCCAGCAAACUAGCUCAUCUUAUGUUUCUUAAGAUCUUAGCCAACAAGCUUCUAGAGCAAAGGAAGACUUCCAUUAAAUGCCUAGCUGUACAUCCAGGAGUUGUCACCACCAACUUGGUUCCAGGUUUUCAGAAAAAAGCAUUUUGGAUGUUUGAUCCUGCUGAAGGGGCUAGAAGUGUUCUCUUCUGUGCAACAAGUGAUGAUGUGGUGUGCAAUCUGGUCAAGGGUUUUGGAUAUUACUCUUGUAACUGUAAGCCAGCUAGAAUUUCACCCCAUGUAGCUGAUACGGAUUCAUGCUUGGAGGUUUGGCAGAAAACAAUGGAGAUAUUGAAAUUAAACAUGAAUUAUGUAUCUCAUGUAAUAGCAAACAUACAAUAAACUU